AUGGCAACAGGCUCGAACAGAAACCUCUACCUCGCGGCAACGGUAGCAUGCUUAACAGGAGCCCUCUUCGGCUACUCCGUUGGCUUCAUCGGCGGCAUUCUCGUCUUGCCCUCCUUCCAGCACCACUUUCGCCUUGACAAACUCCCAGCACCCGACCUCGCCGCGGCUCAGGCCAGCACCGUUACCAUAUGGCUUGUAGGAGCACUGUUUGGCGUGCCUCUGGGCAUGCCGGUCUGUUCGAGCUUGGGCAGACGACGAUGUCUCAGCUUCUGUGCGCUGUUGUACGUACUGGGAGCUGUUCUACAACUGGUGGACGUCAGUAGCAGCCUAGCUGUGUUCAAUGCGGGAAGGCUGCUGAACGGGCUGGGUGUGGGCGCUGGGACGCUGGUAUCGCCCAUGUACAUCUCCGAAAUAUCUACUCCCUCCGCGCGCGGCAUGCUCCUAUCGGGUUACCAGACAGCAAUCCAACUGGCAGCGCUUGCGGGCUUCUGGGCGGCAUUCGCAGCUCACGCAACCCUCGCAGAUUCCUCUGCUUUGCAGUGGGAGAUCCCUGUGGCCGUCCAGCUUGUUCCAGGUGUCCUGCUCCUCCUCGGAACCUUGUUCAUCCCGGAAGCACCCAGAUACCUCGUAGAUACUGGAAAGGAUGAUGCAGCGCAAGAUGCACUAGCAUGGCUCAGGUCACUACCACGCGAAGACCCCGAUAUCCAGGACGAGCUCAGCGAGCUCCAAGAAACAACACCGGCCAGCGACGUCCCCACCCCCAGCCUCCUCGCCAUCGUCAAACAGCCCAGCAUCCGCAAGCGCCUCGGCGUCGGUAUCGGCCUGAUGAUCGCACAAAACAUGGUCGGUCUCAAUGCCCUAAACUAUUACGCCCCCGUAAUCUUCAUGUCCGCCGGCUUCAACACCGUCUCCUCCUCCCUCUUCCUAACCGGCCUAUUCGGCCUCACGAAGCUCUUCUCCGCCAUUUCCUUCAUGUUCGUUUUCGUUCGUCUGCGCGGGAACCGCUUCUGGCUGCAGCUCGGAUCAGGCAUCUGUGGGAUCUCCAUGGUGAUCCUAGCUAUCUGUGUGCGGAGCCUGCUCUCCUCUAGUUCCUCAACCGAAGCGCACCUCACAGUCCAGGGCGUCAUCUCUGUGCUAAUGGUCUACAUCUUCGCCUUCGCGUUCGGCAUCAGCCUCGGCCCGAUCAGCUGGAACGUGUGCAGUGAGAUCUUCCCCGCGGCUGCGAAGGCGAAGUGCUGUGGCAUCACGACGUGUGUGCAGUGGUUGUUUCAGAUUGUGAUUGCGGGCAUCACGCCGCAUUUGCUGGCGAAUGUGGGCUGGGCGACGUAUCUGGUGUAUGCGGCGUGCUGCGCGGCGUCGUUUGUGUGGGUGAGGAUCGCGGUACCGGAGACGAAGGGUGUCAAGUUGGGGAGGGAAAUGGAUGAGCUGUUUAGCGUUGGGGAUAAGGACGAGCUGCUGAGGUUCGAGGAGGGUGAGACGGAGGAGAGGAGGGCGUUGUUGGGUGAGAGGGCGAUGCGGACGGGCAGGAGGGACUCGGUUGGGUUCCCUGUGUGA